AUGAGUUUAGUGAAAUCUUUUGAAUUGGCUCUAAAACAAAACGAUGUUUUAUCUAAAGUGUUACCAAUCUUGAAAUUCAUCAAUUAAACUAUACCAUUUCCUUAAAAGCAUAGUUUAAUACAUGAACCUAGAAUUAUUAGAUUUUUACUAUAAUUGCACAGUCAAAUACCAGACACUAUAGAUAUGAUAUUAAUUUCAUUACUAAAUAUAUUUAAGCAUUCCAAAGAAUGGAUUAAUGGUUGUUUUAAAGCAAUUGAAGAAUAUGCUUAACUUCCCAAUCAAGGAAAUGGAAAAUAUGUAGCCUUGGAAUUUUUAGAAACUGUUUUAAUUGAAAUCUCAGAAUUAGAGUAAUAAAAUAAGUAAUUAAUAUUAGUUUUGAUGUUGAUGAUAAAUGUUAUGCUUUCAUUAUAUUUCUUUAACAUGCUGAAAAUGAGAAAUUGGUAAGAGUAAUUAUGAAAAAAGUAGGAUAAAUCUAAUAAUAAUUAGGACAUAGAUUGAAAUCUGCAAAUCAACUAAAUUAGCUAAUUGAAGAAAGUAAUUAAAAUUAUUUGAUUAAAGAAUAGCUGUAUUAAAAUUAUACCAAGAAGAGGUUUAAAAGAAUACAGAUGAAUUUCAUUAUUAAAAUGUUGCUAUUGAAUUAUAAGAAAAAGGUAGCUAAGCAAGAAAAAGUUCAAAACCAAAAAUGUCAUAGAUGGCAAUGAAUAUUCUAUAAUCUUAAACAUUAUCUUCCAAAAUGCCUUCCAAGUAAUAACUCAAUAAUGAUCACUUAAAUAAUAGUAAUUCAGAUGAUUCCAUUAAGGGAAAUGAAAUAAAUCUAGAUGAAAUUUUAAUUUAAAAUAAACCAAGAAUUGAUUCUGAAUAAAGUGAAUAUCUGGCAGACAUAGAUGCUCUAUAAAACUUAUUUGCUUAUAUUACUAAUCCUAUUGCAACUGAACCAGGAUUGAUCUUUGCAACAGAUGCCUUAGCAAAUGAUAUUCAAUAGCCUUGUGAUGAUAAUCAAUACAAACAACAUAUAAUUAAACCAGAUAAAUUGACUACUUUAAGAUCCUAUAAAGCUAUGCUAUUUCUAACAGAUUAUCAUAAUCAUUAAAUGAUUAUGUAAAUUAAUUAACAUACUAUGCAAAUUGCUUGUAAUUAAUCAAAUUAAUAAUUAGUUCGAAGUAUAUCUGGAUUCUUUCAAAAUCAAUAAUCAAGUGGAAAUUUGACCCAUAUUAUUGGUCUACUCUAAUUUUACUUAAAAUAUGAAUUAAAAGAAACUAUUUACAAUUUUCUCUACUUUUAAUUUCAUCAACAAUUUUUGGAUUAUCUUUGUAUUUUUAAUAUUCAUUAUAUAAGAUAAUCCCCACUAUUUAGAUUUUCUAAUGAGAUUUAUGGAUCCAAAUUAUUCAAAAAUUCCUUAGGAUUUAAGAAAUUAUAUUUGGUAAUUCCUUAAUCGUUAAGGAUAUAUUACUCUUCUCGUAAGUAAGAUUACAAACAAGGAAAAAGAUGGAGUAUUUCAUAAAAGGAAAGAUAUUACAAAAGAAGCGUAUUAAUUUUUAAAACAUAUCAAUGAUUACAAAUUACAAUUAAUAUAAGAUGAUGAUUAAGCUGCAAUAACUUAUUCUAUUAGCAGCAAUAUAGAUCAAUAUUUAGGUCCUUUAAUUUCAGGAAAAACUUUAAUUUAAAAUAAAUAACUUAUGGAAAGGAAAAUGCUUUUAAGUUCGCAUUUUAGAAGAGGUUCAGACUUAUCAAGUUUAACUAGAUAAAUCAAUAAAGUUAUUAUUUAAGAAUAUAUUGAUUUAUCUGAAUUAAAUUAAUAAGGCAGAGAUAUAGAUAGAUUAUAGGAUGUAGUUUAAUUUUAUAAGGAAAAUAGUACUCCUGCUGAUACUCCCACAUUAUAUAAUGUAUAUAAAAAAGCAUCAGAAGGAAUGAAAAAUAUAUAAUUUGAAUAGAGAUCUUAAAGACCCUAAAUCACAGAACCUCCCCUUAACAUCAUUUAGUUAUAAAAUUCUAUUAAACUUCCAUCUUUAAAUAUUUAACCUACAAACAUUAUAACAGAUUUAACAACUUUAAAAAAUACUUAACGUAAACAAAAAUCUUUGACAUUCUCUGAAAAUAUUCUUGCUUAAACAAUUAGUAAAAGAUCUGACCAACCUUAAUAUAUGAGUCUGGUUGGUGUGAAUGGUAAUUAUUGUCAUAAAUAAAUAUAGAUAAUAGUUCAACUAAUAGAUAAAUGAAUUUAAAUUAGACACCAACAUCUUAGGCUAAAUUGUUUGUAUAUUAUCCAAAUUAAGAAAAUAGUGUUGUGGAUACAAUAAUGAAGGAGGAAUAUGCAAAAUAUGAAACUCAAAAUGAUGAAAUAACAUCUUAUAGAAAUAGUAAUUUAUUAAAGAACAUCAUUUAAUCAAUGCAAAAUUUUGAAUAUCAUUAUGCUUUUGAUGAACUAUUAGAUGAUUAGUAUAUUUUGUUUGAAAAACUAUUACAUCAUUAUUCCCUUACACAAACAGCCUUAUAUUAAAGCUCAUAUGAAGACAAUAGUUCAAAUAAUUGUUAGAUUAUUCUUAUUGAUCUUAUUCAAAGAAUUAAUAAAAAACCCAUGAAUGAAAAAUUAACUAAAAUAUACAUUGCAUAUUUACCCAGAAUAUGUAGAAAUUUAACUAAUAUGCAUAAAAUGUACAAUGAAAAUAUAUAAAAAUUUGAGUUCCUUUCUAGUUAGAAUUAAAUGGGGAUUGUAAGAAUUUUUAGUACAAAAAUCAUUGAUUUAAUUUUAAGAAACUUUAAAUAGAGGAAUCAUCGAAUUUAUUUAAAACUCAAUGACACAUCCUCAUUUAACUUAAAUGAAUAAUUUCAUCAAUUACCUAACCCUUUUUAUUAACAAAUUUUUUAUUCUAUUAUGAAAUAACUAUGUUUAUUUGCUUAAGAGAAAUAGGUUUAAGCUAUUCUAUUUAAAGCUAAUCUAUUAGAAGGUAUCAGUUAAGCAUUUCAUAAAAAUGUUAUUAACAAAGUAAUAAUUAAACAAGGAAAUGUAGAAGUAUAUCUUAUCCAUUUAGCUUUACUAAGUUAAUUAAUUAUUUUAGUUUAUGAAUUGAGAGAUGAUUUGUAAACAUACAAAAAUUCUUUAUUAAGAUUGUAAUGUUUUUAAAAUCUAAAAGAAGUUAUAGAAAUGUUUAAAAACAAUAAAUUGAUUCAAUCAUAAGCUUUGGAAAUCUAAAAAUAACUUUUAAAAAAAAAAUGA